AACAAGUAUUUUUUUAUUUUGAAGAAUUUUUAAUGAAAAAUGAAUUAAAUAAAAGUUGAUAUAUUUAGAUUUGUCGAUUUUAAAAUGAAAGCGAUCGUUCAAAGAGUCGUAAAGGCGGGUGUAACUGUUGGGGAAGAACAGAUAAGUUCCAUCGGACGAGGGAUUUGUGUCUUGGUUGGAAUAUCAAAAGACGAUGGACCAAAAGAUACGGAAUACAUGGUCCGAAAGAUCUUGAACCUUCGUAUAUUUGAGGAUGAGACGGGUAAACGGUGGGCGAAGAGCGUGAAAGAGAUGAAUCUCGAGAUACUUUGUGUCAGCCAGUUCACUUUGCAAUGCGUGUUGAAAGGCAACAAACCGGACUUUCACGGAGCAAUGAUGGCCGAUACUUCGGAAACAUUUUACAAAGAUUUUCUUGAAAAACUUCGGCAAAGUUAUUCUCCUGAUAAAAUUCAAGACGGUAAGUUUGGCAAUCACAUGCAAGUCCACAUACAGAACGAUGGACCCGUCACUAUUGAGUUGAACUCGCCCCCUCCAAGACAGAAAAAGAAGGCUGUUGAACAAUCAAGUGAGAAAGUGAUGUCAUAAUGGAGGGUGUGAUGUCAUAAAGGAGGCUAUGAUGUCAUAAUCCUUCAUUCUGCUAGAAUUUCGUAGCCAAUCAACAAUCGUGGAAUAAAUGUUUAGUUUUUA